GUUACGAACACGUAGUACUGGGAACAUAACAUUCUAUAAUUUCCGAGUGCAUUGCUCAUAUCUGUUUCUCUGCCUCUCCCUUCCUUCGCUUUCAACUUUCCCGCUCUUUCUCUCCCUCUGGAAUGAAAAACUUGAGAACGUGAAAGAUGAAUAACAGAGUCUGCAAAACACUUCACUCCAUGAAACCCCCUUCGAAUCCUCGAAAUGAGAAGAAGAUGGAAGUGGAGGGAAGCAAAUUGCAAGUCACGGCGAAUCGGCAUCGAUCCAAUAGAGAAAAAAAUUUGGCUUUACUUGAAGAUGUUAACAAGCUGGAGAAGAAGUUAAGACAUGAAGAGAAUGUUCACAGAGCAUUGGAGAGGGCUUUCAAUAGAACUUUGGGAUCUCUACCUCGCUUUCCUCCUUAUCUUCCUCCAGAGCUGAUCAUGGGAAUAAUGGGGAAUGUUAUUCUCACCAUUCAGACACUAGAACUUCUCGCUGAAGUAUCAGUUUUGGAAGAGAAGGUUGUUCGGCUAGAAGAGCAGAUUAUCGAUUUCAGACAAGGUUUAUAUCAGGAAGCAGCUUACAUAUCAUCCAAGAGGAAUGCAUAGAAUUCAGUUGAUUUAUGCAGCGAGUUAUCCACCAGAAGUUCCAAACACGGGGAAUCACUAUGUUCGUUCCAACACAAUGAAAUUUCAGGAUUAUCUGUGGCAAAGCCUUUUCCUUCGCUUGCGAGAAGUGCUUCAAGUAGAAAACUAUCGUCUUCCAAACCCACCCCUGAUCGAAUUGGACAUUGUUCAAAAAAACCCAAUUUCUCUUUGGAAAAUGGGCCAGUAAAAGAGAAUCGAUUGCGUUCUAAUUCAUCAAAGGAUAAGCAAUAUCCAGAAAAUAAAAGUCCUAGAAUGAAGAAACCUCCAAUCAAGCCUGAAUCGAUAGGAAAAAACGUUGAUCCUCUGAGGUUACAGUUGGAGAGAAGAUUAGCAGACCGCAAAUGAGCACAAGAGAGCUCUUCUGACUCCUCUGAUGGUGGAGCGUUGGAAGCUGACAGCUCUCCAAACAAAAUUUCUGAGGAUGUUUUCAAGUGCUUGUCUAACAUCUUUCUAAGACUCAGCACAACAAAGAACAGGACUGUUGAAUCAAAGGCCAUUCCUU